ACUUCUAGUUCAAUGGUUUUUGAGCUUCAACAUUUUCUACAUAUAGUCGUGACUAGAUGCUCCGCACCAUACGUCAAGAAUGUGAGAGGAUAUGGUCUAUCAAGUGCUAAGGAGCAUCCUAAAUGCGUGUAGCCUUACAGUGCCUCUUAUUCUGCAGGGAUAUUGCGAUACUAUAACGAGUAGGCUGAACUUGCCGAGUCUACAUCCGGCCGGCCAUUGCGACGCCGCCUCUGAUGUCUUCUUGAGGUACGAAGACCAGGAUAUCCUCGAUGGCCUGAUGUACGAUGCCAUCCUGGAGGUAAACGCCUUUUUGGUACGGUUCAAGGCCAUGAGAUAUCGACCAUUUCCCAUUUGCCUAGUCCUUUGUUCUCCUACGACACAGACAUCACGAAACAAGUACAUGGCGCUGAGCCAGUACCGAGCCAAGAUAUACCGGACCCCACUGACCAAGUCUCAGGCACCCGCCCUAACUACUCUAACCUCAACUAAAGAGUCAACGAAAAGAGAAGGCAGAAACCGAAACUUAUAUUCAACCCGUCGCCUAGAGGUGCUAGGGCUAUUCCCUCAGAGGCCACUGGUACGGAUACACCCAAAUCCAGGAAUCGAGCAGCCAUUAUGAGCACGUCCCUCAAAGCCAUUUUCAGGAUAGUUGCGUUGAACUGCGGCACCCUUUCGACACAGCUAAGGGUCGGUUUGUCCGAGGUCAUGAAUGCUGACGAAGCAGAGCGGGACCGGUUCCACAAGGACGUCGUUCACAUAAUCUAAGAGAUGGUACGUGCAGCGACAGACGCGCUCAGCAGGCGAUUGCGGCGCACAUCGGCGCUGCUAUGGCGGCCCGCCCUGGUCUGAUACGAGCAGACA